CACGAAAAAUGCACGGUCGUCCUCGCAAAGCCCCCACUCCAGAAGAAGAAAAAGCUUUAGCUCUCAAAGCUGCUAAACUACGCCCCCUCCAAUCUCAGUUCCUCCAUUUUCAUCACAACAAAAUUUACACAAAAGAAGCCCUAGAGGUCAAUGCGAAGCUUCUCGAGGCCAAUCCUGAGUAUCUCACAGCUUGGAAUUACAGAAAAUUCGCUGUUGAACACAUUCUCAGUCAUUCUGAGACUGAUACAGAGAUUGAUCCAGACUUCAUUAAAUCUAUUUACAGUGAAGAACUGAGAGUU